GCCGGCGGUAACGGGAGCGGGCCCGGGGCGCUCGGUGCGGGCGGCGGGACCGCGCUUCAGCCUGCCCUGGAGCUGCGAAGCUUCUGAGGGAAGGCAGAGAAGAAUUGACAAUAUCCUAAGAAACAAGCUUCACAAAGAGCAUCUUCCAUCCCUACAUGCUUUCUCUCUGCUUUUUGUUGGUGUUUGUUACAAAACCGGGUUAUAUGCUUUAAUUUCCCCCUUGUCCAACACCCAGGGGGUUUUUAGUUUUUGGGAGGCCCAGAGCUCCAAGUUCACCUCUUCUUUAAUGUAGGAAGAGCCAAAGCAGUGACUGAGAGGUUGCAGUGGCAGUGGGUUGUGUGGAUUCCUUCUGAGGAGGAGGAGGAGAGUGUGUCGGUGCCAUGGAAGUGGAAAAGAGCAGCAAAAGGAGUUGCUUCACUCAGACCUCCUGUUUGGGUGAAGAUUUAGGUGAAGACUCGCAGCUGGAGUAUCUCAGUGCUUACGAGGAGUGUGAGGAGGAUAAGAACAACUCGAGUGCGUUUUCUGAGCAGGGGGAGGUCGAAGAGGUGAAGAAGAUGCCACUGAUUGGUGACAAGGUGCCACCCCAAACCACAGCAGGGGACGAAGAGUCUGGAAAGAGCGAAACACUCACCCACAGCGUGGCAGUGGAGCCAGACAUUCCUUUCCUGCCACCCAGGGAAAAGGCCCAGCUCUGCAAAGGUGCAGAGCCCUCCGAUUUCGGCAGCUGUGAAAAACCUGCGGUGUGCACACAAGGUGCCAGCAGCGCUGACAGCCCUGCAGAGCAUGCUGAAACCCAGCUCCCAGUCCCUGAAAUACCCCCUAGCAAGAAUCCUGUUGCUGGCAUGGAAGCUGCAGAUAAAUCCUCUGGUGGGAGCCCCGGUGCUGUGGAGUCGGAGCAGGGGGAAGCCCUGAGGAGUGUUCCUGGUGUGUCUGCAGCUGUGCAGGCUGUGGAUGAUUCUGGCUUCCCAGCAAGCAGAGACAGCAGUGCCCAGGUCUGUCUGUGCUCCAGGGCAGUGAACACAGAAGUAACCAUGAUGAACAAAACUCGACCUGUGGGGUGCCUGGGUCAAACCUCCGUGGAUGCUGCUUCCAACACAGAGUGGUCCUUCAGAGCUUGGAGCUCACACAUGCAGCAGGAAUCAAAAGAUCAUCUGUGUAUCUGUGACUGGAAGACAGGCACCAGCAGGCCAGAACAUCCCAACAAGCAAACUGGGAAGAAUUCUGCAUCAGGCUGCUGCCAGAACGUCCUGCAGAGAGCAGCUGAAGCAGAGCUGCAGCUCCUGGCCAUCCAUUACAAGAUGUGCUUCCAGCACUGCUUGAAGGUUUAUGAGCUGGCUUCGGAGGAAAUCACUUAUUUUGGGAGAUGUGAGGAAAAGUCCAAGUUGUAUUCGUCUCUCCUGCUGGUUUUGGAUGAGCUGGACAAUAAUUACAGCAGUAUGAGAACGGAAAUAAACAUGGGCAUUCCUUUAAAUGAACUUCCACCACUGUCAGUUGAGCUGAAGUUUUCCCCAAUCUCUUCCUUUUACGUACCCUCCAAGUUUCUCAGAAAAAGUGUUUACUCUGAGCAGGUACAUGACAGAACAUGUUCAGGAACCACAUCCAGUGAUUUUCUUGAUCUUUCAGGUGAAGGGAAAGCUGACCCUGAAGACCCAAAAUCUCAAGAAAAGGGGAUUUCUGUCAAUAUGGACAAGUUAGAGAAUGAUGGUGAUCAGCCAGGUGACUCUGCCUGCCCUGAGACAUGGGAGGAACAACCUAAAGAUCAGGCUCUGGAACGUGGCUGUGUGAAAAAUGAGGAAGGGAGUGAGUAUUGGUUUGAUGCUAAGGAAGACUUGUCAGUGGCAGAUAUUUCAGUAAUGUGCAGAGAAAUGAAAAAGCAACAAGGAAAGCAGGACUCGAUUGACUCAAGAGAAAUGAAGACAGUGGGGAGUGGGAAUGAGCAUUCUUCUGUUCAUGUUGGUGGCCUAAAACCCUCAGUGCAUGAGGAGCCUGUGGAAAAUUCCCUGCAGAAAACAUCCACUUGUUCCUCUGUUAACCCAUCUGGUAUCUUUGUUUCUCCUUAUGCACUGAACUUGAGCAGCUUUACCAAGUUAAUAAAGAGGCUUCAAGAAAGGCAUCCAGAGUUCAGCAGAGCUGAAAUUGUGGAGGCUGUGCAGGAGGUGAGGAAAAUCAACAAAGGUGUCCUGAGUGGCUUGGCCAUUAGUUCUAUCGAGGAAAAGACCUCUGCCAUUCUGAGGAGAUCGAUGCGCUGAGGAGAUCCUGGCAGGAGCAGCGGUGGACAAGAUCUGCUGCAAUUGCUGCUGGAAAGAGCAGCCUUGUUUGCUGUCAGUAAUAAAGGUUAAAAUUUGUUCUUGAAAAA